AUGCCUGGUGAUCAACGGAACGCCUCACAGUCGAGACGCCUUAGCCAAUUUGAGAUCUCGGUCCAUGUCAAGACCAUCGAAUUUUCUGCGAUAUGGUUUGACUCCCCUGUGGACGACGCAAAAGUACGGAGAGUGAUGAGAGAUGAAUUCUACCAGAAUGCCUUCACUGUCAACGACGCCGAACUCCGCUUGGGGAGGCACAUUGCAGCCCGAAAAUCAUUCCUCGCCGCUCAAGAUUUUCUGACGACCGACAAAACGGGUGUGCAUCUACUAGCUCGCGCUUUCCGUCGCCUACCGUGUCUCGAAAACGUCAACGUUGCACUCCUAAGUUACACGAUUGGAGCCAAACACAUCACACAAAGCUUAGGUCAGAUGACUGGAUGUGAAUACCAAUUCACAGGCAAGGUCACUAUUGAUAUUUUGCUUGAAGCACUGGCCACCUCAGAAAUUAGGAUCCGCUCCCUCAAUUUUGUGCGUCCUGACGUACAUAUUCUGGAUACUGACCGAAGGAGGCAGCGAAAAGACGUCGAUAUUUCGCUUCCCGAAUAA